AGUGGGGAGAAGGCUCCUGCCACCUGCCAGCCUGGCAGUCUCCACAGGGACCCUCGGUCUGGCCCUCCAGGCAUGGACGCCCCUGAGCAGCCCACCCAGUGCCCUGCCCGGGGCACAUGCCCCGUGUUCCCGGCGAUGAGCUCGGGGACUGCGCGCUAUGCCUCAUCAGGUCUGGCCCUUGUACUUGAGGGGAACUUGAAAGAGGAGCGCUGGGACACAGACAGCCAGCCCCACCCGGACGAGGGCCACCCGCCGCCCCCGGAAGCUGUCCCGGUCUCCUGGAAGAGUGUGGGCCCCUGCAAUAGCCUCAGGGAGCCCCCGGGGGUCCUGGCGGAGGCCUCUGCAGGGGAGGAGGCCCACGGUGAGGAGGACCCCGCGGCCGCCCAGCUGGACGUGUUGCGCCUGCGCAACUCCUCCGUGGAGAUCCGCGAGAAGGGCUCGGAGUUCCUGAAGGAGGAGCUGCGCAAAGCCCAGAUGGAGCUGAAGCUGAAGGACGAGGAGUGUGAGCGGCUGUCCAAGGUGCGGGAGCAGCUGGAACAGGAGCUGGAGGAGCUGACGGCCAGCCUGUUCGAGGAAGCCCACAAGAUGGUGCGCGAGGCCAAUAUGAAGCAGGCGGCCUCGGAAAAGCAGCUGAAGGAGGCGCGGGGCAAGAUCGACAUGCUGCAGGCGGAGGUGACAGCCUUGAAGACGCUGGUCAUCACGUCCACACCAGCCUCUCCCAACCGCGAGCUCCACCCACAGCUCCUGAGCCCCACCAAGGCGGGGCCCCGCAAGGGCCACUUGCGUCAUAAGAGCACCAGCAGCGCCCUCUGCCCCGCCGUCUGCCCCGCUGCAGGACACGCCCUCCCCCCGGACAAGGAGGGCAGAGAGGUGGACACGAUCCUGUUUGCAGAGUUCCAGGCCUGGAGGGAGUCGCCCACCCUGGAUAAGAGCUGCCCCUUCCUGGAAAGGGUGUACCGGGAGGACGUGGGCCCCUGCCUGGACUUCACCAUGCAGGAGCUCUCAGCGCUGGUUCGGGCCGCCGUGGAGGACAAUACACUCACCAUCGAGCCCGUGGCUUCGCAGACACUGCCCGCCGUGAAGGUAGCAGCAGUCGAGUGUGGCAGCACCAAUACAUGUGCCCUGAGCGGGCUGGCUCGUGCCUGUCGCCACCGAAUCCGGCUGGGGGACUCAGAGAGCCACUACUACAUCUCGCCGUCCUCCCGGGCCAGGAUCACGGCAGUGUGCAACUUCUUCACCUACAUCCGCUACAUCCAGCAGGGCCUCGUGCGGCAGGAUGCGGAGCCGAUGUUCUGGGAGAUCAUGAGGCUGCGGAAGGAGAUGUCACUGGCGAAGCUCGGCUUCUUCCCCCAGGAGGCCUAGGGCAUGGCCCGGGCCUAGAGGGGGCUCUGAGCUGGACCCAACACCUGCCCCAGGGCAGACAGACAGACAGACAGCAAGGCAGGGUCCUGGAGCCAGCCGUGAGCCAGAAGCUGAACAGAGGGACAAAUGGCCAGGCCAUGGAGCAGCACUAAGCCGGCACCAAAUGUCCAUCCCAGGACAGACAGGACCUCAUGAGGUGACCCUUCUCUGCCCCAGUGGUACUCCAGCCACCAGGAGACUUUCAAGAAAGCACCAAAGACCAAGGAGCUUGGAGCCGUACUCAGGGGCUCAGCCCUUGGGAGGGGACACCUGGGACAGCCAGCACCCCUCCCCGGUCCCAGGAGCUGCUGCCUGCAGGUGCCUUGUUGCUGCCUUGUCCUCAGAAAGGGACCAUCCUGCAUGGCCGGAUCUGCAGGGUAUCCACCACCCCAGUUCCCAAGCCCUGGGCCCCCAGCGCCCCCUUGUGGCCAUCCUUCACCCUGUUCCCAGGUGGCUUCCCAGUCGGACUGCCCCAAUGGGACUUCUGUCCCAGGUGCCCACAGGGCAACCGGGCUAGUGGGGGCUGGCAGGGCCCCAGGGCUGUCUUCCACUCCACCCUGUACCUGCUGGAGAACU